CUCACACAAUCUCGUGAACAUUCCCUCCUCUCCCGCUGCCACAUUUCCCUUCCGCGCUUCAGACUUUGGUUUCUAUUUCUGAAUACGACACUGUGGCCAUGCAGCGUAUCCAAGGAGACUUCCCUAAUCCCUUCGCCUCUAUCAUAGGCUCUUCUAGCGGCAUACCAUUCCCAUUCCCAAUGCCAGCCAUCCAACCGCCCAGGAAAGACCCACCACCACAUCCCACCGUGCGCGACAUCGGCUACGCGGCGCGCACGAUCGUGCAGUGCUUUCAGCAGCAUGGGCUCAGGUGCUGCGUCUUCGGAAGCGCAGCGUGCGUCAUGUACGGUGCGAAGUUGAACAGGAUACCACGAGACCUCGACAUCGUCGUCUUCACGACUCACCUACCCGAGGACCUCAAACGCCUCCUCGCCUCCACAGACCGGCGGUUCCACCUCAUCCCGUCAAAGGCACCUAAUUCCCCGUCGCAUAUCGUGCUCUACUUCCGGCUGCGCGGGCGGCGCCCCGACCCCGCGCGCGAGCCAGGCUCGCAGCGAACCCUACCGCGCACGCUCAAGGUCGACUUGUGUGUCCCCGGGAUGCUCGAUCUGCCGUUCGUGCCUGCGUGGCACAUGGUCUGCGGGCCGUGCGAGCCGUGUGUACCGGUGGUGCCGCUGCUGGUGUUGCUGGGAUUAGAACUCAGGGGCUGGACGGACCAUCGCGACUCAACGAAGGAGAAGUACAGGGAGAAGACGAAUGACCAUGUGGAUGAUGUGGAGAGGUUAUUGGAGGUUGCGGUGAUGGGCCUAAAUGAUGAGGGAGAGGGGAGGCAGAAGAAAGCGAGAUGGAAGGACGUGGAUUGGUUGCCGGAGCAGUUGAGGGAGAACGUGCAGCGAAGGGUGGGCGAGUUCGUGAAGGAGAGGCCGGGAACGGUGGAUUGGUGGCGAGCAUUGGGAUUUGAGGUCGUAUGGGGGGAGGGAUGACG